AGAAGCUUUACCUGCGCGCGCUGAAUCAGAAUGAGUCAUUUGGAACUUGGGUGCGGGCACCCUGAGCUUGCAAACUGCCUUCUGAGACGCGGCCUUCCGUGUAGGUGGGCUGGAACUCCCGGAGCAGACACCGUAUUUUCUCUCUUCUUUCCUCCUUCAGGCACGGAUUCUGACGGUCUCGGACUUUGUGUGCGUCUCUGGGCGCCGCCCCCCCUUCCCACUCCCCCACCCCACCCCAACCAUGUGGACCCGGUCCCUCCGGGUCCAGAUUGGAGUUCUGAAAUAAAAAAAAAAAAAAUGGAUGAUUUGACGUUACUGGAUCUCCUGGAGUGCCCCGUGUGCCUGGAGAAACUGGAUGUCACGGCCAAAGUGCUUCCGUGCCAGCACACCUUCUGCAAACCCUGUCUCCAGAGGAUCUUCAAGGCUCACAAGGAGCUGAGAUGCCCCGAGUGCCGGACCCCCGUGUUCUGCAGCAUCGAGGCGCUGCCAGCCAACCUGCUGCUCGUGCGUCUCCUGGACGGCAUGCACAGGGGCCCCAGAAGAGGGGGCUCCUUCCGCAGGCCCAUGGAGCUGAGUCUGCAGGACAGCAGGAAGAGCCGGACUCACCUCAGGGGGCUUCCGUCCAGUCCACUUCGACUUGUGCCCAACAUCAGGAUUCACAUGGAUGGGGUACCACGGGCAAAGGCCUUGUACAGCUACCGAGGGCAGAAUCCUGGGGACCUGCGAUUUAAUAAGGGAGAUGUCAUCCUCCUCCGGAGACAACUGGAUGAGAACUGGUACCAGGGGGAGGUCAAUGGAGUCAGUGGCAUCUUCCCCGCCAACUCCGUGGAAGUCAUCAAGCAGCUCCCCCAGCCACCCCCUCUCUGCAGGGCCCUCUACAACUUCGACCUUCGGGACAAAGACAAAAGUGAGAACCAGGACUGCCUGAGCUUUUUCAAGGAUGAUAUCAUUACCGUAAUCAGCCGAGUGGAUGACAACUGGGCAGAAGGCAAGCUGGGAGAUAAAAUAGGCAUCUUCCCCAUCUUGUUUGUAGAGCCAAACCUCACAGCCAGACACCUCCUAGAAAAGAACAAAGGCCGCCAGUCCUUCAGCACAAAAAGCCUGUCCCUGAUGUCUCCCUCCUCCAGAGGCAAAGAGACCAGUAUGGCCACUCUCCAAAGGGGCCCUGGGUCCAGGAGGAAGGGACCAGGGCAGUUUUCCAUCACAACGGCCCUCAACACACUCAAUAGGAUGGUCCAUUCUCCUUCCGGGCGCCACAUGGUGGAAAUCAGCACCCCCGUGCUCAUCAGCUCCAGCAACCCCUCUGUCAUCACCCAGCACGUGGAGAAGGAAUUGCCUCCUAGCAAUCUGGGCCAGGUCAGCACGUACCACCCUGGGCCUGCCUCCCCAGCGCACUCCACGGCGGCCGCCAUCCUCAGCCUGCCCAGCUCCCAGCAGCACCUUGCAGCUAACAUGUUUGUGGCCCUGCGCUCCUAUGCAGCACACGGACCCGAGGAACUGGACCUGCAGAAGGGAGAAGGCGUCAGGGUCCUGGGGAAGUACCAUGAUGGCUGGCUCAAGGGCAUCUCCUUGGUCACCGGGCGAAUGGGCAUCUUCCCAAACAACUAUGUCAUCCCGAUCUUCAGAAGGACAUCUAGUUUUCCAGACCCCCGGAGCCCUGGUCUCUACGCCACAUGGACGCUGUCCACCUCGUCCGUAUCUUCCCAAGGCAGCUUCUGCGAAGGGGACCCUCGCCAGAGCCAUCCGUUCAAGUCUGUCUUUGUGCCCACUGCCAUCGUCAACCCCGUGCGGAGCACAGGCAGCCCGGGGACGCUGGGUCGGAGCUCUUUCCGGAAAGGCAGGAGCAGCAUGAGAAAAAAUGGAUCCCUGCAGAGACCUGUGCAGUCAGGAAUCCCUACCCUGGUGGUGGGCUCCCUGCGACGAAGUCCCACCAUGGUGGUCCGGCCUCAGCAAGUCCAGUUCUACCAACCGCAGGGGUCCCCUACCUCCCCCUCACCGGUGAUGGUGGAGAUGGGACCCAAGGCUGCUCCCACCGGGGAACCGGUCCUGACGUGUGUCAGCAGGGCCGGUGACACCAGGAUCCACUCAGCGGCCAGUUCCUUGAUUAUGGAAGGCAAAGAAGUCCCCAUCAAGAGUGAGCCCCUUCCCAAACCGCCUGCGUCUGCCCCACCAUCAAUCCUGGUGAAACCGGAAAACUCAAGAAAUGGCACUGAAAAGCAAGUCAAAACCGUGAGGUUUCAGAACUACAGCCCUCCUCCCGCCAAACGCUACACCUCCCCGCCCACCUCCGGGAAGCCUGAACAACCAGCCAGCCCCAAGGGGUGCCAGCCUGAAGCAAGUCCUUUAAGCCCAGAGAUGAAUAUCUUAUAUGCCCACCGAAGUGGCUGCCAUUCAGGUCAACCGACUGACCUCCGGAGGAAGCCGACUUUCAGCAAGACCCCAAUGGCCACUGCCUCGGCCACACAGGCCAUAUUUGCCAGCAAAUGAAUCUGCAGGUGGCUUUUCUAGAGAC